GCUGUUCUUUAUCGGAGUAAUAACGGAUCGCGAGACACACAUAUAUGUAUCCAUAUAUGUAUGAAAUGUAUGCGUCUCUGGUAAUACUUCUGGGAUUUCCACGGCGCGAGCAACGAUGUAAUUUAAAAUCUUGCUAGAGUCUUUUAAAGAUAUCCCAUCAGUUGCAAUAAACACAGAUGGAAUAUUUCAACGAGUAAUUAAAUAUUAACGAAAAAUAGUUAACGCGGCGAAAGGAAAAAUUAGCAUAACCGCAUUAAAUGCGCGUGGCGCAUCCACAAGUAGGCGGCGCCCUUAAGGACCUCCUUUUAUAGGUUAAAAGGGCAAGACUAUAAGGGUCGAGCAAAUCGAGAGCAAGACAAACCUGCAAAGACUCGUCUCGCUACGUUACUACUACUUUUAUCCAGUGAAAAACGCUUUGCUUUUUGUUUACGAAGAUGCUCGAAGAAAGGAUUAGGAACAAUUGAAAAUUGGAAAGAGGAGGAAGAAAAUAGGAUCGAUCAAUAACUAGAGUUUGAAUCUAAUCUAAUCGAUGUUAGAAUGUAAGAAAUAAAUGGAAUCAUCUAGAAAUUAAUUAGAGAAAGGACGAGAUAUGGAAGGUGUUGUAGGAAGAACGUUGACCGGUCGCUGAGAGGCAUCCUUGGGGUGGUGCAUAGUCGGCGCCAAUGGCCCUUCAGGCGUUGUAUGCGUGCGCCUCCUAUGCGGGUAGAGGGAGAGAUUGGUGGGCGCUCCAAUGACGUCAGGGCCGAUCGUCAGGCGCAAACGGGGUUGGCACCGUACUACGUCAGAAUGACGAGCCGAUAAACCAUCCCAUCGCGAUUCUCUGCGGCGGGCGGACCAACGGUCUUGGAGGUGACCGUCGGUUCGCAGAGGAUGACGAGUUCGGGGUCGGUGGCUGUCGACGGGGUCGGCGAGAACAAUGCCAUGUCUGGAGUCGAUCCCGGUGGUCCCAAGAAUCCGCUCAUUUGUGGUGUCUGUCAUGACUACUACAAUGAGCCUUGUCUACUCUCCUGCUUUCAUACAUUCUGCGCCCGCUGUAUACGUGGCCCUCACCUCGACGGAAAAGUCACCUGUCCCAGCUGCGGGCAACAAACACAACUUAAAGAGGGAGCACAAUUACCACCACUGGAUCAGUUAAUACGUCAACUAGUAGAAUUAGCCAAUUCUGAAAAUCCACCAUGUGCCAAUUGUGAUAAACGAGACAAAUCUACUAUGUUCUUCUGCACAACAUGUGGGCAAGCUCUAUGUACUCAUUGCAGAGAACAUACACACCGUGCAAAAAUGUUCUCCACUCACGAAGUGGUGCAUAUGAGCAAAUGUGCAAAGGAUACUCAACGUCGUUGUCCUUCUCAUGGGGAGCAAUACAUCAUGUAUUGUCAAAGCGCUAAAUGUAUGCUUUGUGCAACAUGUUUUCGUGAUACACCAGCAGAUGCUCGAAUACAUUGUGUGGACAUCGAAAGCGCUUGGCAACAGGCUUCAAAAAAAAUGGAAAGAGCAGCAAAUUCAAUUUGCGAAUUACAAGCAGGCGUAAGAGAUGGAGUUUUGGCAUUAAAAUCACAGUUGGAUGAGUUACGUCAUAGCCUAGAAUCAGAAAAACGCGCAUUAAAUUCAUUUUGUCAAGGAAUGCAAGAAGCAAUUAAUAAAACUCAUUCUUCCGCUUUAACGGAACUUCAACGUCAAUUUGAAACUAAGGAAAGAAUGGUUCGGACUCGAUUACUAUCCUUGGGUAGUGCAGUUCCAAUAUUACAAAUGCAUUUAAUGCUGUGUACAGCUUUUACAAGUGGUGCGACAAAAUAUCAAUUUCUUGAACUCGCACAUCCUAUGCUCGAAAGAUUGAGUCGUGUAGCUCAACUUGGACACCCUACGAGACCCCCUCUACUUGCUGCCCAUUUGAAGACAAACUAUAAAAGCGACUUUGCUCGUACGUUACAGCCUUUUAUUGGUCAGGUACAAACACCAAAAGAAUCAUUGUACGAUCAGACUCACACGAUGGGCCAGCAGGAACCGCAGGUUAUACAGAGCAGCAAGCCUGCUCAGAGAAUCCAGCCGAAGAACGGAAAUGACGGUGGGCCAUUUUCCAACCAUUGUCGCACCUUCGAUACCCAAUUGAAAGAACUAAGUCAACAACUGAUGACAGUGAAGGAACGUUUAGGAGAACUCCAUCGAGACGUCGCACUACUUAGAAGAGCUAAUACACCGCCUGUGGGUACGCGUUACGAGCAUGUGGCGAGAGAUUGUCGUGUGUUAGAACAACAAUUAGAACAUCAUCAGUUAGAAUUGGAACGAUUGAGGAACGUGUUUGAUGCUUUGUGGGAAGAACAAUUGUGCAGAAUUCAUAUAGAGAAAGAAAUCUUCCAUUCUCAGAUGGAUGAUAUUCUAUCUUUAAGGAGUGAAGUGAAGCAAUUACAAAGUCUUACUCAACAAUUGGAACCGUUUGUGAAAUCGUUUUCUACAGGAGUUACUGCAGGUGAAGCGAGCAUGGCAGCUUCGGAUGCAUCCAGUAGUCAACACCUGCAAGCUUUAUUAGAUCAUAUAGCACGCUUGCAGAUGCAGGAACCACCUCAACCACAAACUCAAGCACCAACUAAGGAUCAUCGUCAUCCACGAGGUACUAUGACCAGUGUUGACAACGCUCUUUACAUGAAGGAAACUAAAGAAAUGCCGACACGUUGUCGGACACCAUCGGGUGUUGGUGCUGUAUUAGAUUCUAGUGGCAACAUACUCCUAUACGGUACCACUAAAUCUUCCGAACAAAAAAGAGGAGUACUGAGAGAGCUUCUUGAUAAAGCUAGAACAAAAGAGGAUCGUAAGAAAUCACCAGGAAGAGAUGACGGUAGUCGGGACCGUAGUCAAAGCCGACGUUCCAGAAAGUCACCCGAUGGUACGAAACCUAAAACACCACCAGGACAUUCUUCGGGUAGCAAGGUUCGAUCGUUGUAUCGUUCCUUGAAAGGUACAACCGGUGAUACAUCAGCUGAGGCACUCGACCAACCAGAAAGAUGUACGGACGGUCAACAGCAGCAGCAACAACAACAACAACAACAUCAACAAGCGCAAUCUCACCAAGCAGGUGGUGAUGAGGGGGAAUAUCAACGAAUUUCCGAAGCUUCUAGCAUGGGCGAGGCCAAAAAACGAGUCCAAGCGCAAGUACAUCCUAUACCACCGGACGACCAAAAACUAUUCAGUGGAAAAAGUACAAAGGUGUAUCCGGCUAGCGACUCCGAGGAUGUCUUCUAUGCUGAUGAUAAGGCUCCUAGUGACGUUCGAAGACGCAGACGUGCCAGCUGUGACAGCCUAAGUACAACCGGUUCUGGUAGCAGAAGAUCGAGCAUCGUUGACGGGACGGUAGGUCAAUCCUCACAGGAUCCCAGGAAAACAUUCGUUGUUUUGAUCGGAUCACCUACGACGUCAUCUCUGGUGCAGAAGCAGCGUUCCUGGGAAACCUUCCCUCGACCAAAGAGCAAAAGAAGCGGACCCAGUGAAGGUGCAUCCUCCUCCCUGGGACAACUUAAGAGAGCAGACAGCUUCGAGGGUCACGAGGAAGCUGUACGAACCUUGGUUGCAGCAGUACAAGAGACCAGAUCGCAUUUACGUCAACAUCUUAUUCAUCAUCAUCGUCAUCAUCACAUUUCAAGAAAGAGGUUUUCAACGUAAUAUAUUCCGAUGACGAUUCUCAAAUCAAUUCAAAGUGUGCCGAUGAAGAAUUAUAAAUGAAAGCCUAUAGAGAAACAUUUAGAAUGGUAUUGUCCGAAGGACUGUAAUCUUUUUGGUGAUUAUAUACUUGUUGUUAAUCGCGAGACGUAUUGUUAAGAAGAAGAAAAGAAAAAGUAAACAUAAAGAAUAACGUUUCGUGAAUUUUUUCGAAGGAUUUUGAAAACGUCUCGAUAAAUAUAUAUAUAUACGCAUCACACACGUAUUUACAAACACACACAAUAUAUGCAAGAUACAAUACAUAAGAAAAAACAUGCACACGUAUCACAACAUACAUUCACACACACACACACAAUACAUAGAUACAGGUGUACACCAA